AGCUGUGGUCGGACUUUCUGAUCGGAACCGGUGGAAUCUGCUGGUUUCUACUGGUCUCUGUCGAUCUCUGCUGGUUUCUACUGGUCUCUGUCGGUCUCUGCUGGUCUCUGUCGGUCUCUGGGGUUCAGCAUGGAUUUUGAAGCCGCUCAGGCGGAGCUGAAGCUGCUGCUGGGCAGAGUGAAUCCCGCAGACGUCCCGAAGCUGUUGGACUGGAUGAGAAACUCAGAUGAGCUGGAUGAGCUGCUGCAGGACAACAGGAGAGUGAUUCUGCAGAACAUCGCUGAUGACCUGAGAACCCGCCUGCCCCUGAACGCCAUGCUGCCCUCUGAGACCAGCGCCCACCUCAAGAUGCAGCAGCGGCCUCGGCCGACGGUUCACGUCGACGCUUUCCUCUACGAUGAAGACCAGGUGGACUCUCUGUGUGAGGACGGAACGCUGAGCCGGACGUUCUGCCAGAGCUGUGGCUCCACCAAGACCACCCCGCUGGACUUCAUCUCUCACUCGUUCUCCAUCGCCGAGCUUCAGUUCCUCUUCCAGAACGUUCUGCCCGACCUGAGCGGGCGCACGCUGCUCGACGUCGGCUCCAGGACAGGAGCUGUGCUGUACGGGGGGUGUGUGUACAGCUCGGCCUCCCGUCUGUUGGGUCUGGAGCUCAGUCAGGACUUCGUCAGGCUGCAGGAAGAAAUGCUGCACAGAUACGGGAUGAAUCUCAGGGCUCAGGUCGUCCACGGUGACGUGUGCACACAGGAUGCUCUACUGCGAACAGCCGACGUCCUCAUAAUGAACAAUGUAUUCGAGUACUUCAUGGAGCCCAGUGAGCAAGUCAGAGCCUGGAGGUUCAUCAUGCAGACCUUCAGGAGAUCGGGAUGUCUUCUCGUGACCGUUCCAAGCCUUCAGGAGAGUCUGAGCGCUUUGCAGCAGGAGGCGCUGCAACCCGGCUGGGUGGAGGAGCUGCCAGUGGACUACAAUGUUUACCUGGGCAAAGACGCUGACACCGAAACCUUGAAACAGAUCCACCUGUACAGGGUCUUAUGACCUCAGAUCCACCUUUAUGAGGUUGUGUGACUUGCUGUGAAUAUUGCUUGUGUAAAGUGGACUGAACUAGUUCAACCUGCUCUUCUCUACACAUAUGGUUUUAGAUGAGUCACGUCCCUGACUGUCCCCUAACAGUGUCACUGGUUUUUAUGAUUUUAUAUGGUUUAUAAAAAGUGUUAAACAGUGCCACACUCUUUUGUACUUUGCAUUUUAUUUGGCUUAUUAGAAUUGUCUACUUGAGGAACUUUUUCCAACCGUCUUUGUGGUUCCUGGAUGUCACAUAGAAAAUUUUCUCUGAGGUUUCUAGAUUUUGAAUUUGUGUGAUCCACAGACAGGGAACUCGCUUGUCCAGUGGAAACAUUGGGAAGCAUUGAAUUUGCUUAAAUUGAUAGUUCUGGAGAACACUCACAUCCAGGGACUAGGAUAGAUGACACAUCAAUUUGAAUUUUUUUACAACUCGGACUUUCACAGAAUAACUGCAGUGUGUUCGCUGAGAUGCCGUCAGUCAAUAUAUUCUGUCAUGAUUUAAAGACAUUCAAGAACAGAUGAAAAACAUUUGAUAGGUUUAGAAUUGCUAUUGCCACAACACAUCAUCAGUAGGGUAACAGUGACUUUGUCACAACGGUCUAAUCCCAACUCACGUUCCCUAUUAGUGGGUGCACAAUCCAACACUUGGUGAAUUCAGCUUCACAAUGAUAAGAAGAGCCCACAUCGAAGGAUCAA